UCCGAAAUCGAGCUGUUUGUGAACAGGCUUGACUCGGUGGAGUCUGUGCUUCCCUACGAAUACACUGCGUUUGAUUUUUGUCAAGCAGAAGGGAAGAAGCGUCCUUCCGAAAACCUUGGCCAAGUAUUGUUUGGAGAGAGGAUAGAACCAUCUCCUUACAGGUUCUCAUUCAACAAGAUGGAGACAUGUAAAUCCGUUUGUACAAAAACAUACGAUACCACAAAGCCAGAAGAUAAACAAAAAUUAGACUUCUUGAAAAAAAGUAUGCUACUGAAUUAUCAACAUCAUUGGAUUGUGGAUAACAUGCCUGUGACCUGGUGUUAUGAAGUUGAAGAUGGGCAGAGGUUCUGCAAUCCUGGUUUUCCUAUUGGCUGUUACAUUACAGAAGAUGGCCGUCCAAAAGAUGCCUGUGUUAUUAAUUCAGAAUUCCAUGAAAAAGAUACUUUUUAUAUCUUCAACCACGUUGACAUAAAAAUAUAUUACCAUGUUGUGGAAAAUGAAGCUCUGGGAGCAAGACUAGUUGCUGCUAAACUUGAACCAAGAAGUUACAAGCACACUCAUGCAGACAACCCUGAUUGCUCAGGACCACCUAUGGAUAUAAGUAACAAGGCUAAUGGAGAAGUCAAAAUUGCUUACACAUACUCAGUUUCUUUUCAAGAAGAAAAAAGUAUAAGAUGGGCAUCAAGAUGGGAUUAUAUUUUGGAAUCCAUGCCUCACACUCACAUUCAGUGGUUCAGUAUUAUGAAUUCCUUGGUGAUUGUCCUCUUUCUGUCUGGAAUGGUAGCUAUGAUCAUGUUGAGGACACUGCAUAAAGACAUUGCAAGAUAUAAUCAGAUGGAUUCCACUGAAGAUGCUCAAGAAGAAUUUGGCUGGAAACUGGUUCAUGGUGAUAUUUUCAGGCCCCCAAGGAAAGGAAUGCUGUUGUCUGUUUUCCUAGGCUCUGGCACGCAGAUAUUAAUAAUGACUUUUGUUACCCUAUUUUUUGCUUGCCUGGGAUUUCUGUCACCCGCUAACCGGGGAGCUCUAAUGACCUGUGCUGUAGUUUUGUGGGUACUGCUUGGAACUCCAGCCGGUUACGUUGCUGCCAGGUUCUACAAAUCGUUUGGAGGAGAGAAAUGGAAAACAAAUGUCCUGCUGACAUCAUUCCUUUGUCCUGGAAUUGUAUUUGCAGAUUUUUUCAUCAUGAACCUCAUUCUGUGGGGAGAAGGCUCUUCAGCAGCUAUUCCAUUCGGCACCUUGGUUGCCAUUUUGGCGCUCUGGUUUUGCAUAUCUGUACCACUGACUUUCAUUGGUGCCUAUUUUGGGUUUAAGAAAAACGCGAUUGAACACCCCGUUCGCACGAACCAAAUCCCCCGUCAGAUCCCUGAGCAGUCCUUCUAUACAAAGCCAUUGCCUGGGAUUGUCAUGGGAGGGAUCCUGCCUUUUGGGUGCAUCUUCAUACAGUUGUUCUUUAUUCUCAAUAGUAUUUGGUCUCACCAGAUGUAUUACAUGUUUGGCUUCCUGUUUCUGGUAUUCAUUAUUUUGGUAAUUACAUGUUCUGAGGCCACAAUAUUGCUCUGCUACUUCCAUCUAUGUGCAGAGGACUACCACUGGCAGUGGCGCUCAUUUCUCACGAGUGGCUUCACGGCGGUUUAUUUCCUUAUAUACGCCAUACACUAUUUUUUUUCCAAACUGCAAAUCACAGGAACAGCUAGCACCAUUUUAUACUUUGGUUAUACCAUGAUUAUGGUUUUGAUCUUCUUCCUUUUCACAGGGACAAUUGGAUUCUUUGCAUGCUUUUGGUUUGUAACCAAAAUAUACAGCGUGGUAAAAGUUGACUGAAGAAACCGGUGUAAAGAAUUAACACAGAAGAGGUUUAAUCUUCAUUAAUAUAACUUAAAGACCUUGUCUAGUCGAUGAACUUGAGCUUUAUCAGAAGUGUUGGCUUCCUGUUCUUUGAGAAUGAUACUGAGUAUGCAGCUGCCGAAACAAUUUUUCCACUAACACGUUUGUAUUGUGACUUAACAACCUGGUUCCAUUCAGAUGUUAAUGAAGGUCAGAGUUACAAUAUUUAUGCAUUUGUAAAUACAACUAUACUUCAAAGAAAUGUUAAAUUCUAAUGGCAGAGUAGAAGUGGCUGUAUUACAUGACUUAAUGAUACUUCUGAUCAAAGUACAACUGUAAAUAGGUUUUUCUAGCUUGGUAGUUGGGAUGAAUUAUUUUUCUUUGAGGGAAAUGAGAACUUUUUAUUAUGCUAACUUUGAAGGAUGACUCUUAAGAAGUGUUGCUUUUAGUUCAGAUGUGAUUUUUUUUUACUGGUGUUAUGUCCAUAAAUAUUCUGAUUUCUGUGACUUCAUUAGUUUCAGUGUUCUUGGCCUUUUAAACUAUGUGCCUCUGAGUCCUUGAAUUUAUAAAUUCAUAAUCUAAUAAAUAUUGUAAAAAUG